AUGAUUAAACAACAGCAACUUAAGGCGCAAAGCGCCCAGGUCCUUCAGACCAUUACAUACGCCAUAUAUGCAUAUAAUUCAAAGACGGCAGAACAAACGCAAAGGUUGAAAUAUGGAGAUUUGGAGAUAGUAUUGAAAAAUGACCAUUUCGAAUUCGUUUGCAAAGGUGGUGCAGUGAUAUCAAAUAUAAAAGAAAUUUUAUUUAUGAAUUCAAAAAUUAAAGGAAUAACGGAUGAUAUAACAUCAAUUCCACCAGAAGAACAGAGAUAUUACGCAUUAAAUGCAUUUCCUAAAGUUUUGAAGAUUGGAAGAUUUAAUUUAAAUGAGGAAUUCAUAGAAGGUUUCCUAAAUGACAUAAUGAAGAAGGUGGAUAAGGAAUAUGUGGAUAGUGAGUUAAUGAAGAAAGCAGAUAAGGAAUACGUUAAUACUGAAUUAAAUAAGAAGGCAAAUUUGGUUUAUGUUGAUGAAAAAGAUAAUGAAAUUAAAGAAAAGGUUGAAUGGUAUCAUGAAUGGACAUUGGAGACUUUUAAAGUUAAAGCUGAUACAGAAUGGGUUUCAGGAUGUUUAGACCUUAAAGCAGAUAAAACUUAUGUUAACGAUGAGUUAGAGAAGAAGGCAAAUUUGGUUUAUGUUGAUGAAAAAGAUAAUGAAAUUAAAGAAAAGGUUGAAUGGUAUCAUGAAUGGACAUUGGAGACUUUUAAAGUUAAAGCUGAUACAGAAUGGGUUUCAAAAUGUUUAGACCUUAAAGCAGAUAAAACUUAUGUUAACGAUGAGUUAGAGAAGAAGGCAAAUUUGGUUUAUGUUGAUGAAAAAGAUAAUGAAAUUAAAGAAAAGGUUGAAUGGUAUCAUGAAUGGACAUUGGAGACUUUUAAAGUUAAAGCUGAUACAGAAUGGGUUUCAAAAUGUUUAGACCUUAAAGCAGAUAAAACUUAUGUUAACGAUGAGUUAGAGAAGAAGGCAAAUUUGGUUUAUGUUGAUGAAAAAGAUAAUGAAAUUAAAGAAAAGGUUGAAUGGUAUCAUGAAUGGACAUUGGAGACUUUUAAAGUUAAAGCUGACACAGAAUGGGUUUCAGGAUGUUUAGACCUUAAAGCAGAUAAAACUUAUGUUAACGAUGAGUUAGAGAAGAAGGCAAAUUUGGUUUAUGUUGAUGAAAAAGAUAAUGAAAUUAAAGAAAAGGUUGAAUGGUAUCAUGAAUGGACAUUGGAGACUUUUAAAGUUAAAGCUGAUACAGAAUGGGUUUCAAAAUGUUUAGACCUUAAAGCAGAUAAAACUUAUGUUAACGAUGAGUUAGAGAAGAAGGCAAAUUUGGUUUAUGUUGAUGAAAAAGAUAAUGAAAUUAAAGAAAAGGUUGAAUGGUAUCAUGAAUGGACAUUGGAGACUUUUAAAGUUAAAGCUGAUACAGAAUGGGUUUCAAAAUGUUUAGACCUUAAAGCAGAUAAAACUUAUGUUAACGAUGAGUUAGAGAAGAAAGCAGAUAAGGAAAAAGUUAUUUCAUUCAUUAAUACUGAGUUAGCAAAGAAAGCUGAUAUAUCAUUUGUUAAUGAAGAAAUAAAACAAUCAGAGGUCUAUUUUACUACACCAUUUUUAAAUUUUAUGAAAUCAUCAGAUAAAACCUUUGAUAUAGAUUCUUUUGAAUGGAUAUGUUUCGAUGGAGUGACCAUGUAUUUAUUUUAUACAGCUGGAGUGCUUUAUUAUUUUAAAACAAAUGA